AUGGUCGAUAGAACACGAACCGAGCAUCUUGCGACCUGGGCAGCUAACCUUCGGUAUAGCGAUAUUCCCGACGAUGUGGUCCAAAAGACGAAAGACUUCUUUCUGGAUACGUUAGGAUGCGCCAUCGCUGGCCGCCAUCAUCCAGCCGUAAACGCCAUGGCUCGGUUUGCGGUCCAAAUGGGACCUUCUAAUGGAAACAGCGAAUUAAUCGACAGUGCAUUGAAGUUUACAACAAGUCCUGCGUUUGCCAGUCUUGUGAAUGGAGCUUCAUCGCAUGUAGUUGAGCAGGACGACCUUCAUAACCGAAGUAUCAUGCACCCUCUGAUUUGUGAUAAGGCAACCGUUAUCUUUCCCGCUGCUCUUGCGGUAGCUCAAGAUCUUAAGUCUAGCGGAGAGGAAUUCAUUACAGCAUGCGUCGUUGGAUAUGAAGUUGGCUGCAGGGUGGGCGAGUUUCUCGGUAAAAGCCAUUACGAGCGUUUCCAUUCCACCGCAACAGGUGGUGUUAUUGGCGUUGCAGCCACCACAGCCCAUCUUCUCAAGCUCAACGCAGAGCAAACUUUGUCCGCAAUCGGGACAGCUGGAACACAAGCAGCAGGUCUAUGGCAGUUCCUAAUGGAUGCAACACAUUCCAAGCAAGUUCACACAGGAAAGGCCUGUUUUGACGGAAUAUUCGCCGCCUAUUCUAGCCGUGAUGGUCUUCUCGGACCUCGAGAUAUCCUUGAAGGACCCAAGGCAAUGGGUGUCGCCUUGGUCCCUGGAGAGACAAAUCCGGAAGCAAUUGAUCAGAAUCUCGGAGUAGACUUCGAGGUGUCUCGUUCAAGCUUCAAAUGGCAUGCAUCCUGCCGGCACACCCAUCCCAGCGUCGAUGCGUUGUUGAACCUGAUGCAAAAGAACAAUGUUGGUUUCGAUGAUAUCGAAUCUGUCGUGACCCGCACCUACCAAGCUGCUUUGAAUGUACUAGGCCUUAGUGGAAGGGGAGAGACUGUUCACCAAAGCAAGUUUUCCAUGGGCUUCGUUCUCGCUAUCGCAGCAAAGAAAGGUCAAGCUAUGAUUACCGAUUUCACGGAGGAAGACUUAGAAGAUGCCUCGCUAAGAGACUUUCAAAACCGGGUGACGAUGGAAUUAGACGCAGAUAUUGAUAGGGCUUUCCCCGAGAAGUGGCAAGGAACUGUUAUAGUAACUUGCAAAUCGGGUCAGAAAUUCACGGAGUCCGUAGAAUUUGCGAAAGGCGACCCUGAGCUUCCCUUGACGAGAGAGGAGAUCGAAAGGAAGACCAGGGCUCUUGCCAUAUAUGGAGGCUUCACCGAUUCCAGCAAAGUUGACCAAAUAAUCAAAAGAGCGUGGAAUUUGGAACAUGAACAGGACACCAGGGGGUUCGUGUUCUAA